GGAACCUGUAACACGUGUUUAUGUCAAAACUGUCAAAUUUGUAGGUUAAUUACAGAAACUUCAACAUUCAAAUUUUAAUAAAAGUCUAAUUGUAAGACGAUAACAAAUACAUUAAUUUAAUAAAAAUUCUACGAUGCUUUCCCGUUCAAGAUUAUUAUUCUCAUCAUUACGAUUAUUAAAGCCUGUUUCAUCACCGAUGAUAAAUCCGCAAUUUCAGUUGAUGACAGUAAGAUAUAGAUCAUCAACGCCUCUUAAUACCAUUGUAAUGUUUGUACCUCAACAAGAAGCAUGGAUUGUUGAAAGAAUGGGAAAAUUUCAUAGAAUAUUAGACCCUGGUUUAAAUAUUUUAAUUCCAAUUAUUGAUAAAGUAAAAUAUGUACAGAGUUUAAAGGAAAUCGCAAUAGAUGUACCCAAACAAAGUGCUAUUACUUCAGAUAAUGUUACUUUAAAUAUUGAUGGGGUGUUGUACUUAAGAAUAGUUGAACCUUAUUUAGCUAGUUAUGGUGUUGAAGACCCAGAGUUUGCAAUUACACAAUUAGCACAAACAACAAUGAGAUCAGAGCUUGGUAAAAUUCCCUUAGAUAAAGUUUUUAGGGAAAGAGAAAAUCUAAAUGUUUCAAUUGUUGAUUCUAUUAAUAAAGCCAGUGAAGCUUGGGGUAUUACUUGUUUACGUUAUGAGAUUAGGGAUAUAAAACUACCAACAAGAGUACAAGAAGCGAUGCAAAUGCAAGUAGAAGCUGAACGAAAGAAACGUGCAGCAAUUUUAGAGUCUGAGGGUGUUCGUGAGGCUGAUAUAAAUGUAGCUGAAGGUAAACGACAAGCGAGGAUUUUAGCUUCUGAGGCUGAAAAACAAGAACACAUUAAUAAAGCAGCUGGUGAAGCUGCAGCUAUGUUAGCAAUUGCUAAUGCAAGAGCAACUGGAUUAAAACUUGUUGCUGGUUCGCUGGGUACCAGCAUGGGAGCAAGUGCUGCUUCUUUUAGUAUUGCUGAGCAAUAUGUACAUGCGUUUAAAAAAUUAGCUCAAAAUAAUAACACACUUAUAUUGCCAGCAAAUGCUGGAGAUGUAUCUCAUAUAGUUACACAGGCGAUGAGUAUUUAUAAGACACUGUCGAAAAAUCAGCAAAUAACUCCUGCAUUAAUACUUGAUGAGAAAAAACCACAACUAACAACAACGACAACAACAAAACCUUCAGUUCCUGCCAUGAAUGAUUUAGCUGAGUAUUUUAGUGAUGAAGAAGAAAGGAAGAAACAUGCUAAUAUAGUUUUAGAUCAAAUAAAGCCUGCAAAAGAUAAAUAAAAUGUAUAGGUUUUAUUAUGGAAUAAAUGGUAUAUUUUUAAGUGCA